AUGAAAUCAUUUCUAAAAUCAUUAAAAGAAGAAUUUCAAAACCCUCUUGCAGCAAAUGUACAGCCAGUAGCUCAAACCAAUACACAACCAUUAGCUCCAACCAACGCGCAACCGUUUUCUUGUGAAAAUAUUCCUGGUAUACCACAAAAUGGGAAUGAAUAUUCUAAAUUAUUAGGUUAUUCUCUAUACUUUUUUGAAGCCCAAAGAAGUGGUGUUUUACCCGCAAAUAAUAGGAUCCCAUGGAGACAUAAUUCAGCGCUUACCGAUGGUCAUGAUGUUGGACUAGAUCUCACAGGGGGCUAUUACGAUGCAGGCGAUUAUUUAAAAUUCACAUUACCAUUAUCAUGGUCUUUAUCAAUCGUGUCAUGGGGCGCUCUUGAGUGGUUUGAUGGGUAUCAUUUGUCAGGUCAGACCGGACAUCUUUACGACAUGAUCAAAUGGGGCACUGAUUGGUUGCUUAAAGCUCAUCCCGCACCUACCGUAUUGUAUGUCGAGGUUGGUAUAGACACAGUGGAUCAUGAUUAUUGGGGUCCUGAUACUGGUAUGCCGUAUCCUCGACCAUCAUUUUGUAUCGACGCUUCGCGUCACGAAACCAAGCCACACCAAGUGUACACAGUUGCUGUUCCGCAAGCAAAAGAAGCAUACGAAUCCUCUCGUUAUGACGAUAAAUUGGUUUUCGCUGCAUUAUGGUUGUUUCAAGCAACAAACCAAGUUAGUUAUUUAGAUAGAGCAAUACACUAUUUUAACGAAUUUUCACAAGAUGAAUGGACUAGUGCAAUUAAUUGGGAUGACCAUUCAGGCGCGAAUUAUAUUUUACUUGCUAUGCUGACAGAGAGGGCAGGAAGAAAUUGUUCCCCAUGGAAGGCAGAGGCAGAAAAGUACUUAGAUGGAAUGGUGAAACAAAGACAUAAAGAAUGUCAUCAUACAAAUGGUGGAUUAUUAUGGCUUAAAGGUGAUAGCGAUAGUGCUUCACUAAAUGUGUCGCUUAAUAUUUCAUUCGCAUUACUUGUUUAUGCGCGCCAUGCAACAACCGCUGAUAAAACUCGAUCGUAUACGAAUUUUGCGUUAUCACAAAUUGAUUAUUUGUUGGGAAAGAAUCCGUUGAAUAAAGUUUAUGUCGUCGGUGCACAUCACAGUUCGCCAAAGAAUCCACAUCAUGCUGGUGCGAGUGGAGGAACUGAUAUCGGAAAUAUACGCCACCCGCCAGUGUCAAGGUAUGUUUUAUACGGCGCUGUUGUUGGAGGACCGGAUAAAAAAGACAAAUAUAACGAUGAUAGAGAAGAUUAUGCUAGAUCAGAGGUGACACUAGAUUAUAAUGCACCAUUUCAAAGUUUAAUGGCUUACCAA